AUGUGGAUCCACACGAACUAUGACGCGGAAAACGAACAAGCCCACCAAACGCUCUGGAAUGAAUACGUGGACAUUUCUCAACUCAUCGGACCCGACUCGCUAGUCCUCGAGGACGAAGGGUUAUUUGCGAAUGCAGAUAUUGCUCGUGUUCUUAAGCGAUUCCCAGAGCGCGUGACGAAUAAUUCAGUGCUAGAGGAUUUCGACGGGCGUGAGAAUAAGCUACAGAUCUCUUACGAAUGCGCGAAGAAGCGGAGGGGCAGACUUUAG